GUAUUGUCGUUACGAGGACACGUGUCACUCAGACACCUAAUCGGUCACCAUCGUUCUGCCCGUCCCCCUCCCUCUUUAAUCCUUUCCCAUACACCACACGUGCUGUCUUUCCGUUUUCUCCCCGGAGUUUACUCAAACCCUAAAAAAUAAUUACUCUCCGGUUUUUCUCUCCCCCCAGACACUCCCACCAACGUCCUAAUCUGUCUUCCUCUCUAAGUUCUAACACGGUUUCGCUCAACAGCAAAGGGAACCUGUCCAUAUUUUCUACUCCUUUUGGUUGACUGAAGAAAGUUUUCGUUUUUUCAAAAACAAAUCCAUCGUUUUCUCUAUCAUCAACAAGGAACAGAUAGAACCCAAUACUGUUUUCUUUUUCUUAUUUUUGUUUCCACCCAAAAAUGUUCAUGCUUCGCAACUCAAAAUAAAGAGCUGGUUUUGGUUUUUUGUUCUUUUCAAUAAUGGGAGUUGUGACAUCAACGAUGGCGGCCAAGUUUGCAUUUUUCCCACCUAAUCCGCCGUCGUAUACGGUGGUGGAGAGUGGAGGGAAGCUGGUAAUGAGUGGGGUGCUAGCAAGGGAGAACGUCGAUGUGUUAAAGGUGGGAACUAAGAGAGGGAAUGAGGUGGUGGCUGUGUAUAUGAAGAACCCUGGAGCUGCGUUGACUGUUCUUUACUCACACGGGAAUGCGGCUGAUCUGGGUCAAAUGUAUGAUCUUUUCAGUGAACUCAGUUUACACCUCAGAGUUAACUUAUUGAGUUAUGAUUAUUCUGGGUAUGGGCAGUCAAGUGGGAAGCCAACUGAGCAGAACACCUACGCCGACAUAGAAGCUGUAUAUAGAUGCCUUGGGGAGAAAUAUGGAGUGAAGGAGGAAGAUGUUAUCUUAUACGGUCAAUCAGUUGGGAGUGGUCCUACUCUAGAUCUCACAACUCGGUUGCCUAAACUUAGGGCUGUGGUUCUUCACAGCCCAAUAUUGUCUGGUCUGAGAGUAAUGUAUCCAGUGAAGCGAACUUACUGGUUUGACAUAUAUAAGAAUAUUGACAAGAUACCAUUGGUCAACUGUCCUGUUCUGGUAAUCCAUGGAACGGCUGAUGAUGUUGUGGAUUGUUCCCAUGGUAAGCAGCUUUGGGAACUUUGUAAAGAGAAAUAUGAACCUUUAUGGGUUAAAGGAGGGAAUCACUGCGACUUGGAACUAUAUCCACAAUACAUCAGGCAUCUCAAAAAAUUCAUUUCAGUCAUCGAGAAAUCUCAUCUUAGAAAUGGGUCUGCCCCACUUCCUGGUCAACCAGAGAAACCUCGUAACAGCACAGAUUUCAGGGAGACAUCCAGACUAAGCACAGAUCAGAGAGAAAAGAGUAGGGCCAGUACUGACCAAAGAGAAAUGCCAAAGUUAAGCACUGACCGUAGAGAAAAAGCAAGAACCAGCACCGAGAGAAGAGAAAAAUCAAGAAAGAGUGUGGAUCGACCUGACAAAUUAUGUAAUGGCAGCUCUGACCAACCUGAGAAAGCAAGGAACAGUAUUGAUCGCUUUGGGGAGAUGAUUAGAUCCGUUGGAUUGUGCAAUAUCGGUUGUUUCAGGCCUACGACAACAACCAUCUGAGUAUUGGUAAAGACCAGUCUGCUAAUUGAGGUUGUAUUUUAGAUUCCAUUUUAUUUAAUUUGAUUGGUCCAUAGGGUUGUCCAGGGUGAUACGAAAAAGCCUAAUGUUUUAUUUGCCAUAACUGAAGAGAUUUAAUCAGGGCAAACGGUGUAUCUUAAUUGGUUGCACUUUUUAGUUAAUAAAUCCCUUCUCCAUGCUCUCA